AUGGCUGACAGAAAUUUGACUGUGAUAACUGAGUUUAUCCUCCUGGGUCUGACCAAGGAUCCUGUACUGAAUACCAUACUCUCCGCGCUGUGUCUCUUAAUUUAUGUAAUUACUGUAGCAGGCAAUUUGUGGAUUAUUGUGAUAAUUUUAGCUACUGACCAGCUUCAUUCCCCCAAGUACUUUUUUCUUAGUCACUUGGCUUUCUUGGAUUUCUGCUAUUCGUCAGUCUUUCUUCCCAAAAUGCUGAUAAACUACUUAGUAGGACAAAACAGCAUCUCAUAUCACAGCUGCCUUCUACAGUAUUCCUUUGUCAACAUGUUCCUGACUGCAGAAUGCUUCCUCUUGGCUGCAAUGGCCUAUGAUCGGUAUCUUGCCAUCUGCAGUCCGCUUUACUACAGAUGUCUUAUGACUCCCACAUUUUGCAUCUACCUUGUGUCAGCCUCUUACCUGCUGGGCUGUGCCAACUCACUUACCCACUUGAGGAGCCUUCUCAAUUUGACUUUCUGUGGGCCCAAUGUCAUUGAUCAUUAUUUCUGUGACAUUCCAUUGCUUUUUCAGCUCUCCUGCUCUGAUACUCAUGAUAGUGAGGUUUUAUUCAUUGUUCUUUCUGGUGCUACAUCCAUAACUACUUUUCUGAUAGUAGUUAGUUCCUAUCUGGGAAUUCUUAUCACUGUCCUGAAAAUGCAUUCUACCAGGGGAAGUUAUAAGGCUUUAUCCACAUGUGCAUCCCACCUAACUGUAGUAACUCUCUUCUAUGGGACAGUGAUAUCAACUUACCUGGGAACCAGCUCAAGCUUUCCACAGGAUACAGAAAAAAUCUUAUCUGUGUUUUACACGCUUUUGCUGCCAGUACUGAAUCUUUUUAUAUACAGUGUGAGAAAUAAAGAGGCCAAAGAAGCCAUGAGAAGAAUGAUUAAAAGAAAAAUAUUUGCUCAGUAA